AGAGCCCACAAAAAUGACUAAUCACAAAAAUGUAAUGGGUUUAAGUUGAGGCCAAGAUAGAAAUGCCCAAUUUUUGCUCAUGUUACUUGUCUCCCUCUCACAAUCAUUACCUACCCCCUUUCUCUUUCUCUGUCUCACUCUUCUUUCUCUACUUGUUCUUCUUCAACCCCAACAAAUUUCUAUUCAAUUUCAUACCCUUUUCUUUUUUCUGAUUCUGAUUCUGAUUCGCAUUCUUUUCAAUUUUCACCAAAUUUCAUUUAUUAUUCUUAGUAAUCUCUCUCCUUAAUUUGAUUUCAUCUUCAUUAUUUUAUUUAAUAAAAUUCUGAUGCUCUGCUGCACUUCAUCAGUGUCAAUUUAAUGGAUCUGCAACCCACUAUUUUCUCUCUCCUCAACCCACCAUUUUCUCUCUCCUUCAAUGUAGAAGCAGCAGCACCAUAAAAUACCCAUUUUCUCUCUCCUCCAAAAACCCCCAUGAAUCCUCUCUGCUGCAUUGCUCCUGUUUCCGUCGAUCGUGAAAAACCACCCACCGGAAAUGUCAUCGGAAAACCGCCGGAAAUCGGGUUUGAAUCCCUUAAAAACCAGAAUCACACUCAAAUCACCGGCAACAAUGGCGGAAUCAAUCUGGGUUUUUCUCGGCACAGUUACUCUGCGCAAGUUUCGUCGGUGAGUAGUAGUACUGCAGCGUUGGAUCAGGUGCAUCAUCACGAAGCAGAAGAUGUGAUGGUGAUGAGUGGUAGAGAUUCGAGGGUGUAUGGUAGUAAUGGUGGGGGUGCGAUUGCUGGGAUUCUUUACAAAUGGGUCAAUUAUGGGAAAGGGUGGAGGUCAAGGUGGUUUGUGUUGGAAGAUGGGGUUUUAUCGUAUUAUAAAUUGCAUGGUCCGGAUAAGAUUAUGGUUUCGAGUACGGGUUCUGGUUCCGGUUCCGGUUCCGGUUCGAGUCCCAGGAGGGAGAAGGUUGGGGUGAGAGUUAUUGGGGAAGAAUCUGUUAAGUAUAUGAAGAAGAAUGGUACUAAUAAUGGUAGUGGAAUUAGUACUAGUAAUAGUAAUGGUUUUAGGAUUAGUAAUAGUUAUAGUAAUUUGCCAACUUAUAAUAAGCAAUGGAAGCCUUAUGGGGAAGUACAUUUGAAGGUUUCUUCCAUUCGUGCAAGCAAGUCAGAUGAUAAAAGACUGAGUAUAUAUACGGGUACCAAAACUCUUCACUUACGAUGUGUCUCCAAAGAAGACAGAGCAGCAUGGAUUGAGGCACUCUUAGCUGCAAAAGAUCUUUUCCCCCGGGUGUUGACAAGCAAUGAAUUUGCCACUGAAGACAUUGUUGUGUCAACAGAUAAGCUUCGACGAAGGAUGUUGCAGGAAGGCAUUGCUGAGCCAGUGAUUGAUGAUUGUGAGUCUAUUGUGCUCAUAGAAGUCUCUGAGCUGAAAAAUCAGUUUGAAGCUCUUCAACAAAAACAUGUCUCAUUGCUGGAGACUUUGAGACGGUUAGAGAGUGAGAAGAUAGAAUUGGAGACUACUGUGGUAGAUGAAACAAAGAGAAGAGAUUCUUGUUGUGGGCAAGGAAAUAGAAGAUUCAGCGAUUUUUAUUCUGUCAUGUCUGAGGGUAGUGGAUCUGACUCUGAUGUUGAGAAUGAGAGUCAAGAUGGUGGGGAUGCUGAAUCAGAUGAAGAUGGUGCAUAUUUUGAUACAAAUGAUUACUUGGCUUCGGAGUUUUUAAGAAGUGCCUCUUGUCGGGGAAGGGAAUCCUUCGCAGACGCUUGCAGUUCACUGGGACAGGAUUGUUCACAGGAGCUUCAAAUGGGCAUUAGACCUGUGGAGUACCCUUACAUAAAAAGAAGGGAUAGUUUUCCAGAGCCGAAGGAAAAGGAAAAACCCAUGGGCUUGUGGUCAAUUAUCAAGGACAAUAUUGGGAAGGAUCUCUCUGGAGUUUGUCUUCCUGUUUACUUCAAUGAACCCCUAUCUUCACUGCAGAAAUGCUUUGAAGACUUGGAAUAUUCAAACCUGGUGGAUCGAGCUCUUGAAUGGGGGAAGCUGGGAAAUGACUUGAUGAGAAUCUUGCAUGUAGCUGCGUUCGCAGUAUCUGGCUAUGCUUCAACUGAAGGUCGCCAAUGCAAACCUUUUAAUCCUCUUCUUGGAGAGACUUAUGAGGCUGACUACCCAGACAAAGGCCUUCGUUUCUUCUCUGAAAAGGUCAGCCACCAUCCUAUGGUUGUCGCUUGUCAUUGUGAGGGCAAAGGCUGGAGAUUCUGGGCUGACUCUAAUCUCAAGGGUAAAUUCUGGGGGCGCUCCAUCCAACUGGAUCCUGUUGGUGCCCUUUCUCUUCAGUUUGAGGAUGGUGAGACAUUUCAGUGGAGCAAGGUGACAACUUCCAUAUACAACAUCAUAAUUGGUAAAAUUUACUGUGAUCAUUAUGGAACCAUGCGCAUCAAAGGCAGUGGAAAUUAUUCCUGCAAGCUGAAAUUCAAAGAGCAGUCUAUUAUAGAACGGAAUCCACAUCAGGUUCAUGGUUUUGUCCAAGACAACAGAACUGGUGAGAAGGUUGCAAUGUUGGUAGGAAAAUGGGAUGAGGCGAUGUACUAUGUGUUAGGAGAUCCAACCACAAAGCCAAAGGGCUAUGAUCCGAUGACAGAAGCUGUCUUGCUCUGGGAGAGAGAAAAAACUGCUACAAAGACUAGAUACAACCUCACGCCUUUUGCAAUAUCUUUGAAUGAGUUGACUCCUGGUUUGCAAGAGAAGCUGCCACCAACUGACUCGAGGCUUAGGCCAGAUCAGAGACACUUGGAAAAUGGUGAAUAUGAGCUGGCAAAUGCAGAGAAACUCAGACUUGAACAGUUGCAAAGACAGGCAAGGAGGAUCCAAGAGAGUGGAUGGCAACCAAGAUGGUUCCAGAGAGAUGAGGAUGGAUGUUAUCGUUACAUUGGUGGUUACUGGGAAACAAGGGAAAAAGGUAGUUGGGAAGGAAUUUCUGAUAUAUUUGGACAGAGGAGCGAUAUACUCCAAUCCUGUAAUAGUAUACCAGAAGAAGAAUGAGUAAUCUGGGCUGAA